AUGUAUUCGGGCUUUGUGCUUGGGUCUAUGACCUGCAGACGAGGCAAAGAGGAUCAAAAAGGUAAACAUCUAAGGGCCGCAAGGGGCGGAGGCCAAGCCGUGGCCAUGGCCAUGGAUGGAGAGAGUCAGAGGCUCUUCGUCGGGCUCGAUGCCGGCACUUUCCAGCCCAAGGCCUCAGCGCUGUCGGAGCUGCGCUUGGCGAAGGAGGGCUUGGACUUCCGCCGCCGGGACCUCGAGGAUGCCCGAAAGCGGCUGCGCGCCACACAGCGGCGCCUCGCCGCGGCCUGCGAGGCCUUCCGGGCAGAGCGCGCUGGCCUACACGCAGAGCUCCGAGCCCUCGGCCAAAGCGGGGAGCAGCUGGGUCAAAGCUUGGCUUCUCAACAGGUGCUGCUGCAGCAGCAGGCAGAGUCCUUGGACCACGAGCGCCUGACGGUCGACGUCCUGAAGGAUGAGGUGCGGCGGAUGCGAGAGGAACAGCAGAAGUCGACAGUUCGGGACGGGCCUCCAGAUGCUCGCCCGGUGAGAGCGGAACGCGCAGCCGGAGCUCCGAGAUUCUCCGAGAUGCCCAAGAAGCUCGCGUACCGUUCCACCUUCAUCGCCGUCCAGGAGGACGAUGGUACUGCUUGCCGACGCACGCGCAGCCUUCCCGCUCGGCUCGGGUCCGUCGACACUGUGCCCUGGCAGAAGGGCAUUCGGGCGCCCGAAAUGCCGGCACUUGCAGAGCCGCGAGCAAACGAGGCGGUGGAGUCCCGAUACGUGGGCAACCUCCUGCAGAGGCAUGCGGCAUCCUUCGGCUUGGAAAAGGAGACCUCGAAUGACGUGGAGAAAGCGGCAGAAGAGGCUCCGUCUCAUAAGGCAGAGCCGGCCUCGAACGAUGGCAGCUUUGGUCACCCAGAGGCUUGCGAGUGCAUGGCCGCAUCACAGCGCACAGAUGCGCACAGAUGCGCACAGCGUGCUGCGGACAUCUGCGAACUCUCCGUCCCCUGGUUUCCAGGUGUGCGGGCGUCCCUGCGUGCGGUUCAUGCAUGGCAACUGCGAGCAGGGCCCAAGGGGAAGCUUGACAAGCGGCAGCGCCAGUGCUUCGACACCUUGAAUGAGCAUCAGGAUCAGGCACGGAUGCAUCAGAAAGGCAACUUAGCUCUCGGCUCCUCCACCCGUUCCCACGUUCAGGGCAUCGCCGAGCCGAUGGCAGAGGUGCUGGAAUUGAUCCGUGGCCGGCUGCAAGAGCUGGAGGCUGCGCCUGUCGCGCGGCCCAUGAUGCCCGUGCCACGCAGCAAGAGCAACUUCCUCCGUGUCAUAUUGAAGAGGCUCUUGGGAGUGUGGGAGGCAGAAGAUCGAGUUUGGACGCCGACAGUCAAAACAGGCUGA